AUGCUCGUGGAGAUCCUCCUGCGCCUCCCGCCAGAGCCCAUCCACCUCUUCUGCGCCUCCUUCGUCUCCAAGCACUGGCGCAGCCUCGUGCACGACGCCCGCUUCCUCCGCCGCUUCCGUGAGUUCCACGGGGGGACGCCUCCCGUCCUCGGCUUCUUCAACAACCAGUUGGAGCAUCCCCUCUUCGUCCCCACCUCCGGCGGCUUCGCGCUCUCCACCGCCACGAUGUCCCACGACGACUGGUGGGCCCUCGACUGCCGCCACGGCCGAGCCCUCCUGGAAAGGCUCGGAUCCGGAAAGCUCCUCGUCUGGGACCUCUUGACCGGCGACGAGCGCCACCUGCCCGCCCCCCCAGCCUGUGACGGGAUGUACAACGGUACGGUUCUGUGCGCGGCCGGCCACACCGUCCACGGCGACUGCCGGUCGUGCCCGUUCCUCGUGGUGUACGUGUUCAGUCGAAGUAGUUCUGCUAUCUGUGCGUGCGUAUUGUCAUCCGAUACUGGCGUCUGGAGUGAGGUCACCUCCAUCGAUGUACAAUCUUUAGUAGUUGAUCCGACACCGUCAGCUCUAGUUGGGAACACACUCUACUGGCUGCUGGAAUACAAUAAUAUCUUUGAAUAUGAUUUGGAUAAUCAUAGGUUGGGUCUAACUGCGAAGUUACCAGGCGACACUCUAUGUAGCUAUCGGGGGCAGGUUGUCAUCAUGCCGACAGAGGAUGGACGUCUUGGUUUGGCCGGAGUCGAAGGACCCAAUCUCCAUCUGUGGUCACUGCUGACAGGCAUUGACGGGCUCGUAACAUGGACACAUCAAAGGGUCAUAGAUCUCGAGAAUUUUAUUGCACCGGAAGUGGUGGCAUCAUGUAUCUAUGGAGUUGAGGCGGUUGGUUUUGCUGAAGAUGCUGGGGUUAUCUUCAUUUAUGUGCACCCUAGUGUCUAUAUGAUCCAUCUCAAGUCCAUGCAGAUCGAGGAGGUCUCAGAGAAAGGUACCUUUGGCAACGUACUUCCUUACAAAAGCUUCUAUGCUCCAGGUACUGCCAUCGUCUGCACCAAUUUACCAACAAGUCCUUCAUGUCUGAGUGGAAGACAACUCUUUCGCAACUAA